GAAUCCAGAUGCGCCACAGCCAGUGCUUUGCAUGUUCCAUCACGUGAUAGUCCGCCACUAGAAGCUUCAAGCAGCAGCACCAGCCACUCGAACCGUUUCUGGUGAAAGUCGGAACAUUGCUUUGGUUUUGGCGCGGUUCGGCUCCACGACUCCAAUCUUAAAACUUCACCAUCACGCAAACCUGCCACCACCUUGCUUCACAACAUCAUCCGCAGUGCACGGCCGUAUCCUCUCUACAUCGAAUCAUUGCGAUACCGUUCAUCGAAUCUUUGACCUUGGGUAGCUCGCGUGCCCAGAUUGUCGCCACAGUUGCCUCUCGACAAUCAACAAAGCCUUGCUUGCUCUGCCGAUUCUCCAGCCAGAUCCCGCUCGAGCGCCAACCCCGAAUCUCACUUCUCCUGGCGGAAUACAUCCCGCAGGACUCUAUUUCGACGACAUCAAGACAAUUCUGUCGACCCCAACCGCAAUCAUGUCGGUCGAGGUUGCGCUCGGCACACCCCUCGCCGAGGCCCUUAACAUGGCAAUCCAGGGCAAGAUCGCGGAGCUGGAAUGGGCCGGUCCGGGCACCGAAGGCUCUGCGAUGUCAGAGUACUUUCUCCUCAUGUUGGCCAACGGAAAGACAGAAUCCGAGAUUGCCGCUGAGAUCGCUGGCGACCUGCUGGGACUCGGCCCCGAUGACAAAACAGCCCCCGCCUUCGCACAUUGGCUGUUCGAACAGGUUCGCGCCCUCAGCGCCCAACUAGGCUCCGCGCCAGCACAGUCUGGUGAUGCCAUGCUUGGGCCCAGGGACGACCCGAUGGAUGGCGCCUUUGACACCAACAUGGAUACGUCGGAUGCACCCGCUGCCGCCCUGAAUGCGCCAACUGGACCUAAGGCGAUGCGAAAUGGCAACGUCCGCGGGGGCCGAGAAAAGCGCAUCAUGGGUCAGAUCAACCGUGCUUUGGAUCGGACACAGGACUCGGUUCUGCACCGUGUGCGUAACCAGUCGGGUAACGAGAGAAUUGGGAGGGGCCCACCAGCUGGUCCGAGGAUGGGUGUGGGCAGACAGCCGCGGAUCGGCAAUGCGCGCGCUACUAACAUCGCUGCCGGCCUAGCGAGCAUGGGCGGCAUCCCCCCUGGCCCGGCGGCCAUGAACGGAAUGGGGCCAAUGAACCCAAUGAACGGCGCCGGCUACGUGGCUCCGGAUAUCCUCGCCAUGAUGGAGCAACAGAACCAGGUGCUCCAGCAAAUGCAACAGCAACUCCUGAUGCAACAACAACAGCAGCAGAACGGCAUGGGGCAUCGCGGUGGCUUUGCCCGUGGCAAGCAUCAAUACGACCGGGGCGGCAGGGGCGGCCAAUUCCGACGCGGGGUCACUCACCACCAGCACAACGGCCACGCCGAGCAGCAACAAGCGCAACCCUCGGAAGCAGGCCAGUCGGAGGUGGCCUCGCAGGGCGACGUCGAGAUGGGAGGAGCUAAGCGCGAGCCGCCAAACCCCGAAGAGACGGUCUGCCGGUUCAACCUGCGGUGUCAAAAUAAGGACUGCAAGUUUGCCCACCAGUCCCCGGCCGCACCACCCGGCGUCACCGUCGACGUCAAGGACGUGUGCAGCUUUGGCGCGGCCUGCAAGAACCGAAAGUGCGUCGGGCGACACCCGUCGCCGGCAACCAAGGCGGCGCACCAAAGCGAACAGGAUUGCAAGUUCUUUCCCAACUGUGCGAACCCGCAUUGCCCGUUCCGGCACCCCGCCAUGCCGCCCUGCCGCAACGGGGGCGAGUGCAAGGUUCCCAACUGCAAGUACACGCACAUUAAGACGCCCUGCAAGUAUCACCCAUGCACCAACCGUAGCUGCCCCUUUUUACACGAGGAAGGCCAGCGCGGCACCUUCCAAGAUAAGGUGUGGACGGCCGACGAUGGGUCAAAGGAGCAUGUCAGUGAGAGGAAGUUUGUCAACGAGGGGGCUCAGGAGGAUCUCAUCCUCCCUGGCUCGGGCGAGCAUCAGUCGGAUGCGGAUGUUGCUGAGGUGGUCAUCUAGGUGUAGACUCGAGGUUGAGUUUGCAUUGGAUUGCAGAAAAAUGGCCGGUGGCUUUGGUAUGUGUGGAUAUUGCCGACCGAAGGGGACUGAAGGGAACAUCACGAGAGUCUGGACACCUGCUGGGUGGGAAAGGAAACGAACACAGGGGACAAAAUUCCUUCAAGGACAUGGACACAGGUGGCAUGUGACAAGUUUGCUACAGGGAUGGGGUUAUUACUGUACUAGUAUAUCAUCAUCGCGGCGUUGACGGGGCAAGAAGCCAUUGGGAUUAUGGGCAGGGGUCUUGAUUUCCUCUUAGACGGGGCUAUUUUAUAUGUUUGAUUACAGCGGAGAGGGGGCAGCGGUAUCCGUAUACCAGGCCACCGCACGAGCAAAGAAUACAGAAUGAAGUCGCUCGCUCUC